AUGGCAAUUACUUCGCAUAUACCGGCUUGGGGCAAGUCCUCAUGGCUUUCCCAUUUCUCGUACCAGGAACGACCAUUUACACUUAUCGCAUUAUGUUUCAUUGUGGUUAUAGCAAGUAUCAUAAUGAUAAGGGCGAAUGCCCGAAGAACCAUCAAGAUCAACUCCCUAGGCUCUCGAUCUUCUCAAGUCCCCUCAUGGGUGCCUCUACAGUUGGACGUCCUAUUUACGGCAACCCGGCACCUCAUGCGUAAUACCUUCUUCGAAUAUACACAGGAGUUACUCAAUCAUCCUGGUCACACAAUUGAGUUCAAUAUCUUUGGGAGACGCAUCCUAAUGACUGAUGCGCCCGAGAACAUCAAGACCAUUAUGGCAACAAAUUUUUCGAUCUGGCCUAAAGGACACCACAUGCAUGGUAUUUGGAGCAACGUGCUAGGUGACUCUAUUUUCACAACGGAUGGACCACAAUGGCUAGCAAGUAAGACUUUGUUGCGCGGAAAUCUUGCGAAAUCUCGAACAAACGAUUUAGAGCUUACAGAGAUCGAUUUUCAAGAGUUGAAAAAACACUUGGUGAAGGAUGAGCCUCAGGAUCUGUAUGAUCUGACAGAUAGAUAUCAACUCGAUGUGGUAACUAGAGUUUUCCUUGGGAAAUCAGCAGAUUCACUCCCGAGCAUAUCCCAGUCAUUCCGCAGAGCAAUGGAGAAUGUCUUUGAUUGGAAUACCAAACGGAUUUUCUUGGGCCCUAUUGGAACGUUGAUACCAAUGAAUAUUGUUGCGGGGAAAUCUUUGCAAAUUCUGAAUGAUUAUAUUAAUACCUUUGUAGAGCGUGUCAAGGCAAUGUCUUUCGAAGAUGUUGAGGCUAUUCCAGAAAAUGACCGCAAUCUCGUACACACCUUGAUCAGAGAAGAAAAAGACCCUAAGGCUGUAAAGGACCAGUUGUUAGCGGUUCUUACUGCUGCAAAGGAUCCAUCUUCGAUGACGAUGGCCUUCGCUAUCUAUGAAUUGGCAAGAAAUCCAGACGUUGCUGCAAAGCUGCAAGAAGAGAUAUCGCGAGUCUGUGGGCUUUCCAACUUGCCUACAGCAGCCCAAAUACAAGAGAUGACUUACGCAAAAUGCGUCAUGAAAGAGACUUUGAGAAUGUAUCACAGUCUGGGGUUUAACAUGCGGACUGCUUCAGUUGACACCUCUCUUCCAGUGGGUGGGGGUGUCAACGGGAAUGAGCCGGUGGGAGUUCCAGCAGAUACACAGUGCAUUUACUCCGUUCUCGGUCUCCAAAGGCGCACCGAUGUCUGGGGCCCUGAUGCAGAGGUGUGGAAACCUGAGCGCUGGCUCUCCCACACUGCAGAAACAUGGAGUUUCAUCCCUUUCAAUCAUGGCCCAAGAGUCUGCCUUGGACGAGUUUUUGGCCAGCAACAAGUCCUUUACCUCCUCGUCCGCCUCUACCAAGUUUUCGAUCGCAUCGAAUUGAUCUCUCCCAAGCAACAGCAGAUCAAAGUUGAAUUGAAUACCAAAAUGGCGUACCCAUGUCUUUGUAAAUUUUACCUUCGACAGGAUUCGAAGGAUGAUGAUAAAGAAUUAUUGGUGUGA